GGAGCGGCUUCCGGCCGCGCGAAGGUGGUGCGACCGGCCUCCCUGACAUGAAGCCCCCUGGACCCGGAGGUUGGACCCUGCUGUGAUACAUGCACCAUGCAGAAACCGCUCAACCUCCUGUGGCUUGUUCUGGCCUGCAGCUCUGUGGACGCUACCCUGUCAAAGUCAGAUGCCAAAAAAGCUGCCUCAAAGACACUGCUGGAAAAGAGUCAGUUUUCAGAUAAGCCUGUCCAAGAUCGGGGUCUGGUGGUGACGGACCUCAAAGCCGAGGACGUGGUUCUGGAGCAUCGCAGCUACUGCUCAGCGAGGGCCCGAGACAGACACUUCACUGGAGACGUGCUGGGCUACGUCACUCCAUGGAACAGCCAUGGCUACGAUGUCACCAAGGUGUUUGGGAGCAAGUUCACACAUAUCUCACCAGUCUGGCUGCAGCUAAAGAGACGUGGCCGUGAAAUGUUCGAGGUCACGGGCCUCCACGAUGUGGACCAAGGGUGGAUGCGAGCUGUCAGGAAGCACACCAAGGGGCUGCGCAUAGUGCCCCGGCUUCUGUUUGAGGACUGGACUUACGAGGACUUCCGGAGCGUCCUGGACAGCGAGGAUGAGAUCGAGGAGCUCAGCAGGGCCAUGGUGCAGGUGGCAAAGAACCAGCAUUUUGACGGCUUUGUGGUGGAGGUCUGGAGCCAGCUGCUGAGCCAGAAGCAUGUGGGCCUCAUACACAUGCUCACCCACCUGGCCGAAGCGCUGCACCAGGCCCGGCUGCUCGUCAUCCUGGCCAUCCCGCCUGCUGUCACGCCUGAGACCGACCAGACUGGCAUGUUCACACACAGGGAGUUUGAGCAGCUGGCCCCCGUGCUAGACGGCUUCAGCCUCAUGACCUACGACUACUCCACAGCACAGCAGCCUGGCCCUAACGCACCACUGUCCUGGGUCCGAGCCUGCGUCCAGGUCCUGGACCCCAAGUCCAAGUGGCGGAGCAAAAUCCUCCUGGGGCUCAAUUUCUACGGUGUGGACUACUCGUCCUCAAAGGGCGCCCGAGAGCCCGUCGUUGGGGCCAGGAUGCGUGCAGGUCUGGGCACCCACCCGAGGGUCCAUGUGACUGCCAAGCCCCCACGCAGAAAGUCUGCCCAAGACCCUGGUGGGCUGGAUGCUCCCUCCUACUCAGAGGCUCUGCCCUGGCCUCGGCACGCACCCAGGCAGAGAGCAAAGGCCACAGGCAGGGCUGGCCAUGAAAGCCUGCAGGGCCGGGGCCAGGUACAUCCAGGUCCUGAAGGACCACAGGCCCCGGAUUGUGUGGGACAGCCAGGCCUCGGAGCACUUCUUCGAGUAUAAGAAGAGCCGUGGCUGGAAGCACGUCGUCUUCUACCCAACUCUGAAGG